CCGAGUGGGAGAAGCCCGAGCCGCAGCGGCGCACGCAUCCCGACCGACUCGUGUCAUGGCCGGGAGGGACAAGAGGAGGUGUGCGGCGGCACUCGGCUGCGACAAGCAGCGGCUGCGAAGGCGGCAGGACGCGGCGGCGCUCCUUCUCCGCAGGAUCAAAGGGCUCGUGCGCUGGGUCGUCAAGGAGGUCGCCGCCGGCCGCUCCCCGUCCAUCGUGCUCCACCGGUACCGGAACUACUGCUCCGCCGCCGACGCUGCGUCCCCGUCCCCAUGUGCCUGCAGCUACGACGCCCCCGUAGGCACGGACGUCCUCUCCCUGCUCCACAAGGACUGCCACACCUCCCGCCUCAAUGUGCUCCUGAGGGUGCUGCUCGUGGUGCAGCAGCUCCUGCAGCAGAACAAGCACUGCUCCAAGAGGGACAUUUACUACAUGUACCCCUCCAUUUUCGUAGAAGUAGCUGUUGUUGACCGUGCCAUUAAUGAUAUCUGCAUACUCUUCAAGUGCAGUCGGCACAAUCUCAAUGUGGUUCCUGUCGUGAAAGGUUUGGUGAUGGGCUGGAUAAGAUUUGUGGAGGGUGAAAAGAAAGUGUAUUGUAUAACAAGUGUCAAUGCUGCUUUCUCCAUCCCUGUUAGCAUUGAGGCAAUCAAAGAUGUUGUUAGUGUUGCUCACUACAUACUUGUAGUUGAGAAGGAGACAGUGUUCCAGCGUUUGGCCAAUGACAAGUUCUGUGAAAGAAAUCGCUGCAUCGUUAUUACAGGAAGAGGCUACCCAGAUAUUCCAACAAGAAGAUUCCUGAGACACCUUGUUGAACAGCUGCAUCUGCCUGCUUAUUGCUUAGUGGACUCAGAUCCUUAUGGUUUUGACAUUCUGGCCACAUAUAAAUUUGGUUCCUUGCAAUUGGCAUAUGAUGCAAACUUGCUGCGUGUACCUGAUAUACGGUGGCUUGGGGUUUUCACAUCCGACUUUGAGGAUUUUUGCCUUCCAGACUGUUGCCUCCUUCACUUGUCACCUGAAGAUAGGAGGAAAGCUGAAAGUAUUCUUGCUAGGUGCUAUUUACACAAGGAAGCCCCAGAAUGGAGGUCGGAGCUGGAAGCAAUGUUACAAAAGGGUGUCAAGUUUGAGAUUGAGGCACUAUCUGCAAGCUCCAUUUCAUUUUUAUCGGACAAAUACAUCCCCCAGAAGAUCAAACAAGGAAGGCAUUUAUAAGAUUAUACUUGCACCCGUCCGGAAUGUGCCUGUCUUACAGAAUGGGCUAUUCCUUUGUUUGACUAUAGUUAUGUACUUAUGUUGCAUGACUGGUUUAGUAUAGUAGUUACAUGUCUGAUGAUGUAAAUAAACAUACCUUUUAAGUAGUUGCAUGUCUUUUAAGUUGACUACAAUUAUUUAAAUAGCUGUGCUUAAAGUUUCUCGCAAAAAGUUGACUACUUGUAUUGCAGCAGUGACGGGAACCCAUUAGAAGUGAA